GUCAAUCACAACAAAGCCAAUAUCACAUUCGCACUCACGUUCGUAUUCACGUCCUCAUGAUAUUUCGAGAGGAUUAGCAUCGGAGACAUGAAAAUAUUCCGUCCCUUAAUUCCUAAAUCUGCCAAGUACAUGUGGUCGACAGUCGCGACGGUACUCGUCCUUUUGAGUGCAGGACCUUAUAAUUACUCAUGGACAUUUCUCUUUCCCUCUUCCUUUAUCUCUCUCUGCAUCUGACUUGUACCCCUCUCUCGAACACAAGAUUAUCUGGCGAUGUUAUGUCAUGUUCUUGGGGUUGUGAUGGCAGAUAGAAGGAAACCCGUCCUCAUAUCUCAUAUUGGCUCCAGAUGUAUUGCCCGCUAUCAAAUAAAGCAGCUAUUCUAGCAACAGAACCACCAGUCUACUUUAGGAGCACCUCCUCACCGAACUAUUAUUGUUCUCUAAGCCAAAAUAUGAUAGAGAUUGAAGCAUUCAUAUGCAUUCACUUCAAUAACUCGAGGACAAUCAGAUGGUCUGUGCGUUGCGCGUCUCCCUCCUCCAGUUCACGCGUGAGAGGAAUUUACCUAGUAGUAAAGGGAGGAGAAGGCAAUAAUCGAGUGCACUUUUUAUCCAAAUUUAUUUUAUCUUCUUUACGAUUUACCUUAUUUACUUCUUGAUCUUAAAGUUCUCAACGUUCCAAGGUUCUCAGAAUUAUCUCCCGAAACAUACUCCAUCACCAAUAUAAUUAACCCCCACAAUGGCAUAUCAAUAUCCAAAAGACGAUUGGCCUCUGGACGAAAAGUAAGUUCUUACUCUCAUGGAGAAUUGAGAGAAAAUCCUAAUUUCCUAUCUUCCUUCCUCAGAGCUUUAGGAACAGAGUUUGUCACGGUUCAAGUUGGAAAGCAAAAGAAAGAAGUGGCCUUUCAUAAGAAACUCCUCUCAAGUCGUUCCACAGCCUUCGAGCAUCACAUGAAAGUACUCAAGGAGAAAGGAAAAUACCAAUUUCACUGUGAACCACGAUUCGAAAACGCAUUUUCUAUUCUAGUCACAUACUUGUAUAAAGGAUAUGUUCCAUCUUGCCCCAUUGAAGAUGGUCCAGAAUCUAGUUCUUAUGGUCGACAAAUGCGAGAAUUAUACUACUUGGCCGAACGAUUUGAAAUCAUUGAUUUAAUGGACAAAACCAUGGAUGCGAUUCAGGUUCAUGAUUGUCGAUUUAAUCGAGAUAUCCACAAGCACAUGCCGGAGGUUUAUAAGAAUACCACGAGAAAGAGUUCUUUACGAUUUUACUGUGCUCUGAGCGCAGCUUGGUAUUUUGGCCGCCCAAAUUCUUCCAAUAGUCAGAAAUUAAACCGUCUUGAGGGCUUCAAAGAUAAAGCGGAUAUUCUUUACGAUAUUUUGAAGAUCCAAUUGCGAUUCGAAUCCAGCAUAUCGAAUGCGACCAGUGAUUAUCGAAUUCCUUCUGAUGAAAGUGGACUUGGCCCUUGUGCUUUUCAUACACAUCCGCCGGGUGAAAUGUGUCAGCGUCUAGCUUUACUUGCAUCAACUAAAUCCUCGCAUGAUUAUAAACAUCAUCAGCAAAUUCAUGGAAUCAACAUCAAGCAGAGCCGGAAUGUUUCAAUAGGCAAUGGCAUGAAAGAAUCCAUGCGAGGAAGUAUCAGUGUCAGUGGAAGUUCAGAAGUGAUGGAGGAGAGGGAUGAAGCCGGGGAUUACGAGGAUGACCUUCUCAUUUUGAGACAAGAGAAGACUCGGCAAAUGACCAAAAUGACCCACACGAAGAAGAUUAAAGAAGAAGAUGGUGAAGAGCAAAAUGAUACCCAUCAAUCUGCGAGCAAAAUUGUUUUCGGGAAGAGGCUGAGGAGUCCGAGUCCAAUACUAGGAAGCACUCAGGAUGAUGUUUUAAUCACAGGGAAGCGACCUCUUGAGUCAAAUGAUGGGGAAGAUUUGAGUAGGAAGCGACCAUUUGUUAUAAUUGAAGGAAGUACUUCACAAGAUAGAAGAUCUGAACCUACAGGUCCUACUCGAGGGAUACAGCAACAACAACAACAGCAACAACUUCAUGCCGGACUAGGGAUUCGCAGACAUCACAACGAAGACCUUUCAGCCAAUAUCAAGCAAAGAACGCCGAUACUUUUCAAUCACUCCAACGGUCAAAUUACUCCUAUGAGGAACGAAACAAAUCAUACUACAUCAGGGUCCAUAAUGUCAAAUUAUGGUCGUGGUACUGAUACAUCCAGGGUUAGUUCUUUCGUACCUAACAAUCCCAAUCCCACUUCUCUCCAGGAUUCCAAUCUUUCACAAGAAACUUGUAGUGACUUCAACAGAUUUUACCGGGGGUGCGAUAAUAGUGAAUGCAAGAGAUUGCAUGCAUGUCAUAUUUGUAGAUGGGGUCAUUCUGCUAU